AUGACACAAUUGAAUGACUAUGAACUUGAACGCCAACGUAAUAUUGAACGCAAUCGCGAGUUGCUUGCUCAGCUUGAAUUGCCUGCAGCUGUCAGUGCACUUGGAUCGGUAGGAGGAGGAGGAGGAGCGGCAACACCAGCUCCCAAGGCACGUCCAAAGAAAAAGCGAGACAAUAAAGCGCGUGUUGUCAAACCCGAUCGACCUACAAGAGCAUCCUCACGACUACGUGGUCUAGAGCCACCGCCAUUUGAGAUUACAGAAGAUGACACUCUAUCCGGCACCAAUGAAGGAGGAGGCAACACCAACACUGUGGUAGAUCCUGAAUUAUGGGAUGGAAGAUUACUUUCAGGAGAUGAAUACUUUGAUGAGGAAGUGCGAAAGAAUGCUAUUCGUGUGGAUGGUCACUAUGCUGGUUGGAUCAACCCAGAGCUUGUUGAAAAGUAUCACUUUGAAGCAUCGGCUGCAGAAGCAUGGGAAAAGAAUGGUGGUGGCACGUUCAGCUUUAAGGAUCCUACGGGUACCGGCAAAAAGAAGGGCGGUGGGCGAUUCAAUGCAAAGGCAGCAGCUCAAGCCAUGUUCAAAAAGAAUCCAAACAUGUACUUUUACCGACACAAUGAACCAGGCGUGGAACAAUGGACGGGUGAUUGGACCGAGGAAGAAAAGAAGCUCUUUUUAGAGGUGGCCCAAAAACAUGGAUGUGGUGACAAGUGGGGUCUUUUUGCAAGUUACAUUCCGCAUCGGGUUGGAUAUCAAUGCAGUAACUUUUAUCGAAGCGAAAUUCUUCCAUCUGGAUUGAUAUUUGAUGAUAAUUACAAGUACACACCUUCUGGACGUCCCAUUUAUGUCGGUAAUCAUCGAGCCCGAGGUUAA